GCUUUAACACCAUAUCAUCAUCGGCUGGAAGGGGAAAGUUUCUAUAUGAUCCUUGUACCAACUGUACGCGGUAAUUACUUUGUAUCGAGGCAGUUGCUGUUACAGAGCCGAUUGUUGCGCCCCGAUGCUAUUGAAUCUUUUAAGCUUGGCAAGAAUAUGUUGUGGGAUGGGCCCUCUGACGAGGAGGAAACUUGCAUUUCACGAUCAACAUACGAACCACCUUCUCCUGAUUACUGUCCUUCUCCUUCUUUUAACUGGCCUAAUUCUCCUCCUUCUCCUGAUUACUAUCCUUCUCCUUCUUACUGUCCUUCUUCUCCUCCUGUUUACUGUCCUCCUUCUCCUGUUUACUGUCCUCCUUCUCCUGUUUACUCUCCUAACUUUGAAAUCCCUUUGACCUCCUUUCCCUACGAUGAGCCAUAUAAGAGUUAUUAUAGACAGGAUGAGGGCCUGUUUGGUAAAGUUGGGCUUCACUGCUACAAUCUGCAAAAUCGGACAAACCUUGAAUAUUUCUGCCUAGACCACGAGGAGUAUCCUACGCUUGUAAAAUUUUAUGUAAGGGAUCCAACUCGAGAGUUUUCCAUUUGCGAGUUCUUAACAAGGGUGGUUAAGUCUGCGAAAGAUGGCUGCUGCGUGAGUUUCAUUACAACCCAAUGCACAUUAUUGCCAGAGAAGGAAGGCUUCCCAAUCUGUGACCACUUUGACAAACUUGCCGUCGAUGCUUUCUUCACAGGUGAUAUGCCCAACUCGUUGCCUGAGGAUACCACCACCAGUGACAACCUGCAAUUCUACGAGUUGAAAGAGUCAGAGCUGGAAGAAGAAAAGGAUUGGCUUCUUCUCUACUUGGAACUCUCGUUGCGCACCAAUUCUUUCCCGUUCUCAUCACUGGGUGAAAGUUCAUUUGACCUGAAAAAGGUAAUUGUGCAAACCAGAGCAGAUGUGUUUUCUAAGAAGAAAACCAAGUCCGAGAAUGCAAUCUUCUACAUAACCUUCACAUCCUGUGCCCGUAAAGACGGCAAUCCUAUCAUAAGGAAUGCUAUCAUAAGGAGAACAAUGGAUGGAAUUCAAGGUCAUAUGUCCCUUGAAGUCAAGUGUUUGGUGUGAAAGCAACCAUCUUAUGUUAUGUAUUUUUUAAGUAUCUAUUUGAUGUAGAUGUUUCUUGAGAUGGCGACUAGUUUAAUGUUUUUGCUUGUGUGCUAGUCAUGCAAAGGGAUAAUGACUUUUAGUUCCAUUUUGGUUCUAUAUAUAUAGUAUACCCAAAGUAUAGUAAAAGAGAUUAUUAUUUAAUCAUAACAUUAUUGUU